UUGCAUUGUGGGAUGUGGGUUUAUGGAGAAGUCAAGAUGGCUGUGAACCUCAGGCAGAGGAAAGAGCCUGCAGUUGAAAGGCCGUGAAUUAAGUUUUGUAUAAAAGAUCCAUCGUUGCUGCCCGUUAAGACUUAAACCAUCGUGCUGUUGAAGUUGCUGCUAACCUGUGAAGGACUUGAUACAUUCACAGACAGCAACACAAUAACAAACAACUGAGGAGAAAGUCUCGUAUGAAUUCCGACGAGAAGGAGGACUGUGAGUGUGCGCCACCACAGGCCGAGACUAGCCCCGCAGGAGGACCAUAUAGAGAAUACGAGGAGCCUGAAAUAGAAAACCCAGAAGCAAGCCGAAUGAAGCGAGCAGCUGCCAAACAUCUAAUAGAGCGCUAUUACCACCAGUUAACGGAGGGCUGUGGGAAUGAGUCGUGCUCCAACUCAUGGUGUGCCUCAUCGGUCGGCUUCAACCGCAUGGAUAACAACGCAGCGGCGGUCAAAGCCCUGGAGCUUUACAAGGUCAACGCUAAGCUAUGUGACCCCCACCCCUCGAAGAAAGUCACCGCCUCAGCCCACCUGGACAGUAGCGCUCACAGCAACUCAGCCUCCAGCAACAGGAAGUCGAACCACAAAGAUGUCCACUCUGUACGGGACAAUUUCAAAGAUGUGAAUUACCUGACAGAGGAAAAAGUGUAUGAGAUCUUGGACAUCUGUGGAGAAAAGGAAGAUUACUCGCCUCUGAUCAGGGUAAUAGGUAGAGUGUUCUCCAGUGCGGAGGGCCUGGUGCAGAGCUUCCGGCGGUCCAAACCUCACACUAAGGAGGAGCUCAAGUCCCUCCAAGGUAAGGAUGAGGACAAGGAUGAGGAUGAGAAGGAGGCUGCAGCCUGUUCUGCUACAGCUAUGGAGGAGGACUCCCCCGCCUCUUCAUCGUCAAGGCUUGGCGAGGGAUCCUCAGGCGAAAAUGAUGUCCAAAAGCUGGCCCCUGAUGAGGUAUCGGUGGACAUCGAAGCUGUGCGGCGGGUGUACGAGCGCCUGCUGUCCAAUGAGAAGAUAGAAGCUGCCUUCCUGAAUGCGCUGGUCUACCUCUCACCAAACGUAGAGUGCGAUCUGACGUACCACAAUGUGUAUUCGAGAGACCCAAACUACCUGAACCUGUUUGUUAUAGUGAUGGAAAACAGCAACCUGCACAGCCCGGAGUACCUGGAGAUUGCCCUCCCACAGUUCUGCAAGGCCAUGAGCAAACUCCCACUGCCAGCUCAGGCCAAGCUGGCAUGCUUGUGGUCGCACUACGGCGCGGAGCAAAUCCAGCGCAUGGUGGAGACCUUCCAGCAGCUCAUUACCUACAAGGUGAUCAGUAACGAGUUCAACAGCCGCAACCUCGUCAACGAUGAUGACGCAGUGGUGGCGGCCACCAAGUGCUUGAAGAUCGUCUACUAUGCAAACGUGCUGGGCGGCGACCUCGACAUGGAGCACAACGAGGACGAGGACGAGGAGCCUAUCCCAGAGUCCAGCGAGCUCACCCUGCAGGAGCUGCUGGGCGAGGAACGGCGGAACAAGAAGGGCCCUCGGGUGGACCCGCUGGAGACGGAGUUGGGGAUCCGCACCAACGAUUGCAGACGGCCGCUCAUUGCCUUUGAGGAGUUUGUCAAUGAGCCUCUAAACGAGGUGCUGGAGAUGGACAAGGACUACACUUUCUUCAAGGUUGAAACUGAAAACAAGUUUUCCUUUAUGACCUGCCCUUUCAUCCUGAAUGCCGUCACAAAGAACCUGGGUCUGUACUACGACAACCGCAUCCGCAUGUACAGCGAGCGGCGUAUUACUGUGCUCUACAGUUUGGUGCAGGGUCAGCAGCUCAACCCCUACCUGAGGCUCAAAGUGCGCCGUGACCACAUCAUUGACGACGCUCUGGUCAGGCUGGAAAUGAUAGCAAUGGAGAAUCCUGCAGACUUGAAGAAGCAGCUGUAUGUGGAGUUUGAAGGAGAGCAAGGUGUUGAUGAAGGAGGAGUUUCCAAAGAGUUCUUCCAGCUGGUGGUGGAGGAGAUCUUCAACCCAGAUAUUGGCAUGUUCACAUACGACGAGCGCACCAAACUGUUUUGGUUCAAUCCGUCAUCCUUUGAGAAUGAGGGCCAGUACACUCUGAUUGGCAUUGUUCUCGGCCUGGCCAUCUAUAACAACUGUAUCCUGGACGUCCACUUCCCUAUGGUGGUCUACAGGAAGCUGAUGGGCAAGAAAGGGACUUUCAGGGACUUGGCUGAUGCCAACCCGGUUCUGUACCAGAGUCUGAAGGAGCUGUUGGAGUACGAGGGCAGCGUGGAGGAGGACAUGAUGAUCACGUUCCAGAUUUCCCACACAGACCUGUUCGGGAACCCACUCAUGUAUGACUUAAGGGAAAACGGGGACAAGAUUCCAGUCACAAAUGAAAACAGAAAGGAGUUUGUGGCUCAGUAUGCAGAGUACAUGCUGAACAAAAGUGUGGAGAAGCAGUUCAAAGCCUUCAGGAGAGGCUUCCACAUGGUCACCAACGAGUCUCCGCUCAAAUACCUGUUCAGACCAGAGGAAAUUGAGCUGCUCAUCUGUGGAAGCAGGAACCUGGACUUCCUGGCACUUGAAGAAACAACAGAAUAUGACGGAGGCUACAACAGAGAUUCUCGAAUCAUCAAGGAGUUUUGGGAGACGUUGCACUCGUUCGGGGAGGAGCAGAAGCGCUUCUUUCUUCAGUUCACCACCGGCACUGACAGAGCACCCGUGGGUGGGCUGGGCAAACUGAAGAUGAUCAUUGCCAAGAACGGCCCCGACACCGACAGGUUACCGACGUCUCACACUUGCUUUAACGUGCUGCUGCUGCCGGAGUACAGCUGCAGGGAGAAGCUGAAGGAGAGACUGCUGAAAGCCAUCACCUAUGCCAAAGGGUUUGGCAUGCUCUGAGCCUCUGCGCCACACACACACACACACACACACACUCUCACACACUCACACACACACACACACACACACACACACACACACACACACACACACACACACACACACACACACGCACAGUAACACGGACUCCUUCUCAGACAGCCCAUCAAACCCCUUUCCCAAACGCCUCUCCUUUUAUCAGACGCCAUCUAAAAGGUGACAGGAAGACAGACCAGAGUAUGUUUUGAGGAAGUCCUUAAUGAAAGAGGAGAAAUGGUUCCAAUAGAGCGCUCCAGUAGUUCUUCUACUGUACCUGCAACAUCCCACAUCAGUCAUUGUAAGCACAGAGACCUCCUGAUCAAAGUACCCACACACGUCCACAUUAUGUGAAUGUGCAGCAGUCUCCCCGUCUUUUUUCUUUUCUUUUUCUUUUUUUUAUAUAUGUACAGAGAAGAUCAUUUUCGCUAUUAUUAUUUAUUUUAAGGUUAAAAUGGGUUAUAUUUCAUGCCUGCCUGUUGCGAUAGCUUCCCUACUCGGGGAAAGGGGGAGGGUUACUAUUAAGCUAUGUACAUUUGGGACAAUUAAUUAACAAGUCAAUAUAAAUCCCAGAUAUUGAACAAAAAUGUGUUAAAGUUGACGGAGAAAAGCUAGUUUUAGAGUAGUCUUGUCUACAAAAUAUUGUAUUCCCCACAUCAGAAAGAGCUCUCGCUGACCAUUCCACUCACAGCCUCAGCUAUUGUUCCUACCAGGUCCAUGUUGAUGUUUGAUUAGGUAAGCAUUUAGAAAGCCAUUAAGUCCAAAAUGGCACAUGGUUUUGUUUUUUUUGGGCCUUUUUUUUCCCCUUAGGGUGGGGGGUGGUUGGGGGGGGGGGGGCACCGCAGGUUAGACUACAAUCUUGUCAGAGCUGUGUAAGUGCACUUAGACAUUUUCAGAAUGUUUGUUUUCUGGCCACAGGUCGCCACGAUUGUUUGAAGCAUUUUUAUUUCCAUGUCUUCCUGUGUUGACGAUUCUAAAUAAAACAGUAUUUAUAUAUUCGUGCGGUUGGAACUACGGGGUUUCGGAGGAUGUACACGUGUAGACCAGUCACUGAUGAUGCCCUCUGAAGCUCUUCUUGUGCCGACCUAUACAGUCAGUGGAUAGGUGGAGCCCCAGCGAGCACUUUGUGUUAUUGAUGUUCUGGCUCCGUCUCGUGAAGAGACACUGAGUCUCCGUUCAACACAACCUCCUGUCGAGAGGGCAGCGUGUACAUUAUCGCUGACCUAGCUUUGUGAUCCAAGUCUCCGGCUGUGGUUACACCUGUCAUUAAAAUACAACAUGCGUCUUCUGACGGCUCUAAGUGCCGCUGGGCGAGGACCGUAGUCUUAAACACAAUCUGUCAAACUGCAACUGCAGGGUCAGUCAAUCCUGAAGCCACUGAGUUGAAAUGUUGACAGAGAACUGGACAUUUCACCUUUUUGAGAAGACAUCAAGCUACCAGAGUGUAGCGUCCCGUGGAGCGUAGCUCAAAGACUGCAAAAACAAUUAAUCUGGCUGUGUAGAAGAAUGCAUCCACCAUUGUAUCUUUGUGGUUUAACAUAUGUAGCAAGCUGUCCAGUCUUUGUUCUAAGCUCGGCUAAACAUCCGUACGUCUGUACUGAAUGCACAGAAAAGAUCAGGACUGUGUGGACAAAUGAUUUAAAAAUAAAAUGGACACAUCUGAAAUGCAUUGUGCAAAUCCAGUAACUCUGGUGAGUGUUGUUUUAUACACGUAUAUACACACAGACAUGACGGCCAACCUUUUAGGAAACGUGCUUUUCAAAAUCUGAAUUAUUUCUAGCAGUUCGUGCAUCAAUUGGCGUAAACGCUUGCACAUUACUUUUUGUCCACGUUAGAUCCACAGUGAAGACUUCUACUUAAACUUCACUACCAGACAAAUAACACAGACAAUACAGACAUUCAUUGUGAUGGAUUACACAACAAAAGUCUGCCUCUAGAUUUUUAUACCAGGCGGACGUUAAUGGAUGCCAGUAACUGUGAAACAUAGACCCAGAAAUCCCAAACUAUAGCAUACAUUUGAACCCAGUAAUCAACGAUGUAAAGUAUACACUGUAACGUACAAACGCACUGGUUUUUGGUUAACCCUUUAUCUAAGGAGCUUUCAACUACAUCCCAUAUUCCCAAAGAGUGGGGGGGGGGGGUUAACACCUGACUCUGGUCUUUGGCGUAAAACGUGAAUGUCCUCCCAAGAUCUUUCUCCGGCUGUUUCGACUUAAUGUCAAGUACCAUCAACUGACUGAACACCAGAAACCGGACGACACCAACUGUCGGUGAACUUCUGACCAAAGCCAAUCGCACCAUGCACUGGGAAGAGGUCAAAGGUCAUGGACCAGGAGUAGGUGGACGGCAGGAGAAAGAUCAAGCAGGACCUUCACAUCUGACACCAGAUCUUUGAAACAGAGACGGAGGUUACUAUCGAGUCCCAAAUGUUGUCAUUGGUGUGGUCGUGUAAUCACACCUGAGCCAGCUCCAUGACAACUGAGAACUCCAUCCACUGAUGAAAACCAAGGAGUUGUGGUUGAAAGCUGCCGCAAACUAGUAAUUGGACCCUAAGAUUAUUAUUUUUUUUGUCAAGAUCCAAAUAAUUAAAAACCACUUUGAUAUAUUCAGAGCUAGUCGGGGACGACAACAGCCUCUGACGAGUCGUUGAGGGCGGGUGUGUGUUGUAUGUGACUUCUCUACAUGAGAUUGCUGCUGUCUUAGUGACGUGUCUGCAAGAGGAUCUCAUUUUAGUUCUAACUGCUCAGCCUGUGAGUGUGAGGGAGCCCACAACAUGCCACUAAAGCAGAGCUCAGACCCCGCAGGUACACAGAAACCCCGAGCCACGCUUUCUGUCCCCAUUGCUCUUACGUUCUCAUCGUCAUGGUUUCAGCCGGACCUGGGCAGAAUGAUGUUGGAGAAUACUUUUUCUUGCUUGUUUUUGAGCCUUCAUUGGAGUCACUUUGGACAGUACAUGGGAGUGCCUGGACAGUGGACUGUGUUAGAGUCACUAUAGCAUACUGUAUGUUUAACAGCUUAGCUGGCAUUGUUACACUGCAGUAACCUCAAUCCUGUGGAACUCUGUGUCGGUUCAAAGGUUAAGGAUGACUUCCAACUGAUUUUUCUUUUUGCGCCCAGGUCUGGUUUCAGCUGUUUAACAUCACUCUGUAACUCUCUUUUGUAAUGCUGAAGAUGCUGCUCACGUGGACGUGUGAAGGUAAAGGAGAAAGGUCAACCUGAUCUUGGGAAGCGAAGCGGUUUUUCAUCAACUGAUUUGACUUAACAGUUCCACUCUAAAAGAUACAAACUGAUGAAAGGCUACAAGUAUUCAGUGUUGUGAAAACAUGCUAAAUAAAGAUGACCGCUUUUUUCCAACUUGUA